CUACAUUAAAGGCAGACAGAGGGAUAGUUUUGAACUUGCCCCAAUUUACGUUAAAACUCUCAAAGUUUAACUUUAAGAUUUGGAUGUAUUCAUCUUUUUUUUGCUUUUUUUCUAACCCUAAAGACAUUUUUUUCUGCACAUUGAAGUCCCCCUGUUAAAUCAUCAUUAGGGGUCGUGUUGCUGUGCCCACCCACAAUAAAACGAUUUCAGGGAGGGACUUUGUCUUUCAACAUUUAACCAGUGAGCAGCCUGAACCUGAUGACACAGAGGGCUUUUCAAAACCUGGAAUUAAUCCAAGCAGAGCUGCACCAAGCCGAGGACCCCUCUCAUUUGCCUGGAGAUGUUAACAGAGAUCUAACGAGCUCGUUGUAAUGGAUGGAUCUGCUUUCGAUGCUUUGCGCGUAACAUUCUUAGAGCUCUUUAGCAUCCGGUCAACUGGAUCGGGUUUUUUAUAAAUGUGAUUCGGUUGAUCAGAGACUCUGUUGGUGUGGAUGGCCAGGUCACAAGUGCAUAUGCAACACUGUGGGUGCUCCGUUGGAUUCACUGACCGCAUCCUCUGCCCCAAGAAUCCGCUUCUUGAUCUGAUGAGAUAAAAAGGAGAAUGUAUGGAAUAAACCAGCGCUGUAUUUGCAUAUCAUUUCAAUUUUUCGUGCUGUGGUGCCAUGCUCAGGGGGAGAAUCACCCGUCUCCUAAUUUUAACCAGUAUGUGAGGACGCAGGGCGCAGUGACGGACCAGCUCAGCCGCAGACAGGUCAGGGUUUACCAGCUCUACAGUCGCACCAGCGGGAAACACGUCCAGAUUCAGGGCAAAAGGGUCACCGCCACGGCUGACGAUGGAAGCAUGUACGCUCGUCUUUUUGUUGAGACAGAUACUUUUGGCAGUCGAGUGAGAAUAAGAGGUGCAGAAAGUGGGCGCUACCUCUGCAUGAACUGGAAGGGGAAACUUGUUGGAAAGCCCAAUGGCCAAAGUAGGGAUUGUAUCUUCACAGAGAUCGUACUGGAGAACAAUUACACAGCCUUCCAGAAUGCCAAGUAUGAGGGCUGGUAUGUGGCUUUUACCAGGAAAGGGAGGCCCAUCAAAGCCUCCAGGACGAGGGAGAACCAGAGGGAGGCCCAUUUCAUCAAGCGGCUACACACAGGCCCACCUCCUUUCCCCAACAUGGACCAAAGCAAACACUUUGAGUUUAUCCAAUUUCCGGCCACACGUCGAGCAAAGCGGAACAGGAUAUCAUGUACCUCUUCCUAACACACAGCCAA